UGAUAAUUGUUUGUAACGUUCUUUUUUGCAGGAUGAGCACCCCAGAUAAAAAGGCAUUCCCAUACAAGAUAAUUCCUUUGGAUAGCGAAACACAAAAGGCUAUCGCGCGAGAUUUCGCCGGCUAUCCCAAUGGACUGGCUUCAGUUAACCACUGGGGCUUCAAGCUGUCUGCCACGUCCAGUCCGAAAGAAAUAGAAAACCUCUACAACUACCCAAGGAAGGCCGGGGAUGUCUGGGUAGUAACACCUCCGAAGUGUGGCACAACCUGGACCCAAGAGAUGGUGUGGCUCAUCGCCAAUGACUUAGAUUACGAUGGGGCCAAGACGACCCUGUCUGAGAGGACUGGUGCGUUGACGGACGGAGAAAAAUAUCCUGAUCUGAAGACUACUCGGAGAUCAGAUGCCGCCUGCCAACAGUCAAGCGACAGCUCCCACUGCGCCCAGCCACGCUUCGUCAAAACGCACUGGCCUCUGUCCAUGAUCCAUCCGCGCGUGUUGGACGUCUGCAAGGUGGUGUACGUGGCCAGGAAUCCCAAGGACGUCUGCGUCUCCUUCUUCCACCACUGCAGACUCAUGACACACGUCGACUUCCUUGGAGAUAUGCAGAUGUUCGUGAAGUAUUUCAUGGAGGGCCUCAUCGUGGCAACUCCGGUCAUGGAGCACAUGGUAGAAGCAUGGAAUGUGCGUCACCACCCCAACAUCUGCUUCAUCUUUUUUGAAGACAUGAAACGUGAUCUCCAAUCAGAAAUCCACAGGGUAGCCGAGUUUCUGGGCAAGUCACUCUCGUGUGAGCAAGUAGAUGAGCUGGCAGAGCACCUUCAUUUUGAUAACUUCAAAAGAACCCUUACGUCAACAAGGAAGAAGGAAAGACGGCGGGCGACUUCCAUGCAGAUCGGGGCGACUUCAUAAGAAAGGGAAAAAUCGGUGACUGGAAGAAUCAUUUCACGCCAGAGAUGAGUGAGAAGUUCGACAAGUGGAUGGCAGAGAAGUUAAAGGGCACUGAUCUUUCAUUCACCAUGGAGGAUGCGUGAAACAGGAUUGAUGUAGGACGUCACAUCAGUGCGUGAUCAUUGGUGUCCAGGACUUUAAAGUUCGCCGCUGGUUUUGUUCACCCUGUCGUGUUAUGAUGCGGAGCGAAACUGAAAUUGAAUUCAGGUAGGUCUGAAUACGAAUUGGAGGUUUUCAACCUUUGGAGCUAUGAAAACUGAGACGGACAUUGGUCAGAAAUCCAGACGUGACCGCAUGUUUGAGGCCGUCGCUUGUGAGGAGGAAAGAUGGGAGAAAUACGGGACGGUGUUUAGGCACAUUCGAACAAGAUCUGACGGCGGGUGACUGAUUUUUUAGAGAACAGCACAGGUAGUUAUAUACAUACAUAUAUAUAU